UGUUUUUCUGGAGAGUUGGAGCAGAAGUGAGACAAAGCGAGGCCAGUGAGCCAGGCAGGCGCCAUGGAGCUGCAGACCCAAGUUCUGCUCUGGGAACUUGUGCUUCUACACAGCUCUGCUGUCCUUCUCUCCUCAGUGCCCUCGGGGUCCCUGCCUGCCGCCAGCUCCGUAGUGUCCGAGUCCACCGUGAGCUGGGCAGCGGGCGCCCUGGCCGUGCUGCGCUGCCAGAGCCCGAGAAUGGUGUGGACGCAGGACCGGCUGCACGACCGCCAGCGCGUGGUCCACUGGGACCUCAGCGGCAGCCCCGCCGGCGGCCCGGCUCGCAGACUCGUGGACAUGUAUUCGGCGGGCGAGCAGCGCGUGUACGGGCCUCGCGACCACGGCCGCCUUCUGCUCCCGCCUUCUGCCUUCCACGACGGCAACUUCUCGCUGCUCAUCCGCGCGGUGGAGUAUGCCGACGAGGGGCUGUACACCUGUAACCUGCACCACCAUUACUGCCACCUCUACGAGACCCUGGCCGUCCGCCUGGAGGUCACGGACAACCCCCAGGAGGCUGGCGCGCACUGGGACGGCGAGAAGGAGGUGCUGGUGGUAGAACGCGGCGCGCCCGCGCUGCUAACCUGCGUGAACCGGGCGCACGUCUGGACCGACCGGCAUCUGGAGGAGGCGCAGCAGGUCGUGCACUGGGACCGACAGCCGCCCGGUGUGCCGCACGACCGCGCUGACCGCCUGCUGGACCUGUAUGCCUCGGGUGAGCGCCGGGCCUACGGGCCGCCCUUCCUGCGCGACCGCGUGGCGGUGGGGGUGGACGCGUUUGCGCGCGGCGACUUCUCCCUGCGCAUCGACCCGUUGGAGCCCGCUGAUGAGGGCACCUACUCCUGCCACCUGCACCACCACUACUGCGGCCUGCACGAGCGCCGCAUCUUUCACCUGAGGGUCACCGAGCCAGUCGCUGAGCCGCCCCCGCGGGACUCGCCCGGCAACGGUUCCAGCCACAGCAGCGCCCCCGGCCCAGAUUCCACCCUGCCGCGCGGCCGCAGCGUCAUCAACGUCAUCGUCCCCGAGGGCCGCGCCCACUUCUUCCAGCAGCUGGGCUAUGUGUUGGCCACCCUGCUCCUCUUCAUUCUCCUGCUCAUCACUGUCAUCCUGGCCACCCGCCAGCGCCGCCGCGGAGGGUACGAGUACUCGGACAAGAAGUCGGGGAAGUCAAAGGGGAAAGAUGUUAAUUUGGCAGAGUUUGCUGUGGCUACAGGCGACCAGGCUGUUUACAGAAGUGAGGACAUCCAGCUAGAUUACAAAAACAACAUCCUCAAGGAGAGGGCUGAGCUGGGCCACAGCCCACUGCCCACCAAGAACAUUGACUUGGACAAAGAUGUCCACCUGUUUCCUUGGCUUCCAGUGUUCAGGAAGGAGUACUGCAAAUAAGGUGACCCUGGGCUCCUGGCUGGGCCAGCAGCCCUGCCAACUCCUGUCUGUCUAUCUUGGAGGAUGACCUCCUGACCCUCAUGUGGCUCACCCGACCCCCUUCCAGCGGCUGGUCCCGCUGUCCUGGAACUUGGCCUGGACUGGUACAGAGUGAGGCUGCCUCCAGACCCCUUUCCUGAGAGCUAUCCUAAUCCUCACAAGCAGCAACGGGCUUGUUGGGAUUCUGCUGGAGCCGCAGCUGCCCCUUCACCAGCUCUUAGCAGGCCGUUGCCGGCUCCCAUACUCACUGGUGGUCCUGCCCACCCCCCUGGCACAACCCUAACCCUGCUGAUGUUCCCCAAUCCUUCAGGCUCUCCUGGCCCCUGCCGCUGUGAGCUGGUGCUCAGUGGGGACUCUUGGAGUUCAGGUCAGCCUCAGGGCUGGCACCCUGGCCCCUUCUUCACCCCUUUCUAGGGGGAGCCUACAGCUAGGACCUGGGGAUUGCACACUCCAGGCCCCAGGCUAAUUCCCCUCUGCUCUGUAUUGGGGCUACUUGGGGCUGCCCUAGGCUUUUUCUCUGUCUUCCACUCUAUUCCAGCUUUAUUUCCAGCAAGUGCCUUGACAGUCACUGGGCUCCAUGUGACUUCUGACUCUGACCCCCCUCCCACAGCCCCUUCUUGGGCUGUAGUCUGGGGCUGGGACCUCAUUUGGUUUCUGUUUUGGCUGAGGACAGGGGAGGGGUAAAAGUGGUUCUAGAGUGGCUUGUGCUGCCACCCCCAAUGCCCCACAUUUGCUCCUCCUGGGAAACUACCAUCAUCACAAUAAAGACCACAUAAUUUUUA